AUGGGUAUCCAGAGAAGAUUCUCUUCAGUGGAGCACCCUCAGACCAAUGGGCAAGUAGAAUCAGCUAAUAAGGUAAUCUUGCGGGGUUUGAAGCGUCGACUAUUCGAGGCAAAUGGAGCUUGGUUGGACGAACUUCCGGUGGUAAUUUGUUCCUAUAACACAACGAAGCAUUCAACCACAGGGGGGACUCCUGUUAGGAUGACCUAUGGGGCAGACGCCAUGGUGCCCGUGGAGAUAGACAACAACUCUUGGAGGACAGCAGCGCAGUUCGAAGUCGAGAACCCUUCCAACAUGGCAGUGGAACUAGACUUGUUAUCUGAAACGCGAGACGAAGCUCGUAUCAGAGAGGCCGCAAUGAAGCAGCGAGCCGCGGUGAAAUAUGACACGAAGGUUCGCCCAUGGGCGAUGUAG